UGGCAACAGGUGGACCUGAGGCAGGGCCUGCGCUGACCAGACAGUGCACCCUGCGGCUCCCGCUGGGCUCCGCAGAGGAGGCGGGCUCCAGGCACUUGCAGAGGGGGGCUGGGGCUCGCUGAGGUGAUCCGGAAGAGAAGCGUUUCCACAACCUGAAAUCUCCAAGUGAAGCCACUGGCCCAGUGCCAAGGACAGCUGGCAGGACGUUGGUCCCUUCUCCAGGGAGCUCUGGCUGCUGGGCUUUGUGGCACAUCAGCCUCUCCACAGACAGCCAGAUUUGAGGACCAGGGGUCUCUGCUCAGAAGGCUGUGGUCCAGGAGAGAGCAAAGGCCGUUAUGGGGCAGAGGCUGAUGUGAGACAGAAGGCCUAGGUUAGGGGCAGAGCCAGUCUGAUUAUCACAGCUGAUGCCUAGUCCUUACCCUCAGCUCCUAGACAAUGAACUUCCAGGUGACAGGCCUGGCCCUGGACAAAAUGAAGCUGGACAGUCCACAUUCCUUCCUGGACUCAGAGGAGGUGGAGGAAGCAGAGGACCAGCAGCUGCUGGAGCCAGAGGCUUGGAGGACCUAUAUGGAGCGACGCAAUGUGCUGCGUGAGUUUCUGACCACAGACCUGAGCCCCCAGUUGCUCAAGCGCCACCAUGCCCGCAUGCAGCUGCUCAAAAAGUGUUCCUACUACAUUGAGAUCCUCCCUAAGCACCUGGCCCUAGGUGACCAGAACCCACUGGUGCUGCCCAACACCAUGUUCCAGCUCAUUGACCCCUGGAAGUUUCAGCGCAUGAAGAAGGUGGGCACAGCACAGACCAAGAUCCAGCUCCUGCUGCUUGGGGACCUGCUGGAACAGCUGGACCAUGGCCGAGCAGCACUGGAUGCCCUGCUUGAGGCCCCUGACCCACGGCCCUUCCUGGCUGGCUGGGGGCUUGUGGAACAACAGUUGGCAGACCUGUCGGCUGUCAUGGACAACUUCCUGGCUAUGAUGGUACCAGGGCACCUGCAUGUCAAGCACCGCCUGGUAUCUGACAUUGGAGCCACCAAAAUUCCACACAUCCGGCUUAUGCUAAGCACGAAGAUGCCAGUUAUGUUCGACCGGAAGGAGUCAGUGGCCCAUCAGGACUGGGUCAGCCUGCGCUGGUUUGUUACCAUCCAAUCAGCAGCACCAGAGCAGUAUGAGCUGCGCUUCAAGCUGCUGGAGCCUCGGACACAACAGGAGUGUACACAGUGUGGCAUAGUCCCUGUGGCUGCCUGCACCUUUGAUGUCCACAACCUGUUGCCCAACCGUACCUACAAGUUCACUAUCAAGAGGGCAGAAAGCUACACCCUGGUGUAUGAGCCCUGGCGGGACAGCCUCACCUUGCAGACCACGCCAGGACCCCCUGAAGGGCCUGUCCCCAGUCGGCUGGGCAAGCCCAGCCUGCCCUUGACCACACCUUCUGAGAGAUGAUUUUCUAAUAUUUAUCCACUAAUAAAGAGGAGUAUACACACACCAAAUUAAAGACACAACUUAGGCCUUAAGACAACAGCAACCACAUAGUGUUUCCCUGAUGGCCCAGAAUCCCACGAACCCCAGAACCCCUAUGCCUUCUGUCUUUUCCAGGAGAGCCCCAGGCUGCACAUUUCAGGACCACUGUCCACUGGAGCAGGAAGUGCUGGCUGCUAGUACUUGGCUGCCACCUCCAAUAAUGAGAACUGUCCCUAGGGAACUCAGCUCUCUCAGCCUCAGCACCUUAUAUGUCCCUCACCCUCACAGCCAUAACCAGAUUUCUUUACCUGCUUCCUAGCUUGAGAUCCCUGAGGAAGAUGAUGUUUUGGUCCUGUCUGGACACCACUGAGGGGCAUCAUAGCCUUGGUGUUAGCAUCCCAGAUGACUUGGAGCAGGGAUGCCCAGGACCAAAGAUGUCUUACUUUUAAAAUAAAGAUCUUACAUUCUUUCCAAGUAA